CAGUCAAGUUUUUUUGGACUCAGCAGCUGGACAAAACAGAUGUGUGUGUGUGUGUGUGUGUGUGUGUGUGUGUGUGUGUGUGUGUGUGUGUGUGUGUGUGUGUGUGUGUGUGUGUGCGCGCGCUUCUACACUUCUUUGUAAAGGUCAAAUUCAAACCACGCCAUCCCCUCACAUCCGGUAGCUUUUUCCACAGUGAAAUAACGGCUCUUCUAACAGAUCACUUACCCCAUACUGUGGGGUAUUUUUUCAAGUUAAGACACAGUAAGAGCUGCAAAUACGCACACACACACACACAUACAUGCACAUACGACAUAGAUCGUUACCCUCCUAUUCUUCUCCGCACAGUGGCAGGAAGUUGUCCAGAUAUCCGCAGGGCCUCUGAAAAAAGAAUGAGUGAACAAAGUGGGCUGGGUGGUGGUGGUAUUGGAAGGUGUUGGUGGUGGCUGCGGCGGUGAUGGAAUUGGGCAACUUCACUCAGAGUUAACUGUUAAUUGUGAACCACAAGGACUAAAGCGACAUCACAGAGAUACAGAUUUACCACAGUGUAAAACACUGAGUCACAGCUGAGCUUCCACAGGUCAGAGGCAGGUUUACCAAACAGCUGGACUGGACUGCUGAUCCUGCUGAGCAGAGAUGAUAAGGCCCGCAACUGGUGACCUGAACAACCUGACGAUGUUGGCCCUGAGGAUGUUUGUUCUGCUGGGACUGAGCUGGACAUGUCAAGCCCAUUGUCCAACUCCAUCACAUUCCUCAUCGCCACGGCGACGACCUUCGACCUUUAUCAAGGCCCAGCCCACUCCAUUUCCUGUUGCUAUUCGCUUCUCCUGGAAACUUCCUGUUUAUGUCGGGCCCAUUUCCUGUUUCCUUUAACGCUGCGUCUGGCGAUCCGUGGGGCCAGUGUCCAGUCAACAGAAAGUGUAAGGACAAGUUUGGAGACGGGUCAUGUGACAAAGAGUGUAUGGAGCCCGAGUGUCUUAGAGACGGCUUCGACUGCCUGAAGGACAGGGGCCACUGCAAUCCGGGCCACAUCCAGUACUGCCGCGAUCACUAUGCCAACUCCCACUGCGAGCAGGGAUGCGACAGCGCCCUCUGUGGAUGGGACGGCAGCGACUGCUUCACACGCCAGAGCUCCCUGUGGGCCAAAGGCACACUGGUUCUUCAUGCCAACAUCCCACAACAACAUGGCACCUUCUCCAACAGCUCCCUACUCUGGGCGCUCAGUGUCCUCCUCCAGUCGCCACUCAAACUGAGAGGCUCCGCCCCCCUCGCCACUAACAAGAACUUGUUUGACUUUGACCCUCAGCAGCUCGCCAACCUGCUGACUCAGGCAUCACCAGCUGACUCAAAUGGCUCCCUCUUUUUCCUCCAAGUGGACAACAGGCCAUGCUCCCGUCUGCCCUCUACCUGUUUCCCCUAUGCCACUGAGGCAGCCAGUUUCCUGCGUGCCGUAAUGUUGCUAAAGCCUGGCUUGUUCCCCACCCUCCCAGAGCUGAAGGCUGUCGUCAGUAUUAGAGGUGUCCGAGAGGAAAUAGGAAGCAGAGAGGAGGAAACUGUGAUAAAGGAAGUCAAAGAGCUGACCCCUGCGUGGCUAUGGGCCGUGAUUGCCAUAGCGAUUGGCCUACCGCUGGUACUGGCCCUGGUGGUGUUCUUGGUGGUGAGGAGGGUGAGGCAGCAGCGGGCAGAGAGGGAAGGUGGUAACAGGUUGAGACACCGGUCCACAGUCACAGACAAUAACCCCAAUUCCAAGGCCUUGACACAGCACGCAGCCCACCAAGAGCAGAGGGUCAGAUCCAGCAGAGAUAAAGAGAAGAUCAGCUUGAGGAAAAAGAAGAAAGCGAAGGAAGCAGAGAAAAAGAGAAGGAGGGAACCGCUGGGGGAGGAUGCUAUUCGAAUGCGACCUCUCAAAAGGGACCAAGACAUAGGAAGUGACACAGACUUUACCCAGAGUUCAAUGGAAGACAUCAAUGUGAGAUGCUCGAGGCGACAAGAGGACGCCUCCAUCUGUGACCACAGGAGCCAGGAGCAGAAACACUACCAUGCUGGAACCUCACAGCCCCGCAGACCUGUACAACCUCCACCUAGAGGAUGGGAGAGAAACGCCAUGCCUCCUCCUCUGCUCAGUCCUCCUCAGCAGUCUGCAGAGUGGUGUGGCCCGGAUGGGUCUGUGGUUCUGAUCCGAGCGGUGCGCAGCGGGCUGGACAGAGUGGUCUUGGAGCUGCUGCGAGCAGGAGUGCCCGUCAACAACACUGAUCAUACUGGGAGAUCAGCCCUGCACUGGGCAUGCUCAGUAAACCACCUCUCCCUAACAAGGACUCUCAUUCGCUAUGGGGCCGCUGUGGACCUGCAAGACAACAAGGGCGAGACAGCGCUCUUCCUCUCUGCCCUCCAUGGUUGCUAUGAUACGUCCAGACUUCUCCUCCUUCAUGGUGCCAACCUUGAGCUGCAUGACCGGAGAGGACGUCGACCUAUCGACGUGGCCAGAGAGGGCAUGCAUCACCAGGUUCUGGAACUCCUAUUGGCUCACCAAAUUCAGAGAGGGCCUGUUCCCGUCGACUCGGCCAAUGACAUGCUGUGGGAGGAGCGCGCUCUGAUGUACUCGCCAUGGGCCGGCUCACAAGGCCUGCCUGGAAGAAGUGCCUCCUUCUCUGGCAUCAUAGGGCAUCGAGAUAUGACCCCUCCUCCACAAAACGAUUGGUCAAUGAACCGAAUGCAGUACCCCUCACCUCAGAACUGGCGACCACAGCUCAACCAAUCAGCAACAGCGCUGGUCCCUCCAAGAAUCAUGGGCCACUCCCCUCGGCCAAUCAGCACCUUACAGGAGGUAACCUCAGAAGACGAAGAUCGUGACAGACAUCAGGAAGUCCCCAGAGCUGCAACACCUCACUUCCUGUCGCCCCAGCCUGCCCCUCGGCAGCGUUCCUUUUCCUGCACCCAGCAUGCAUUGCAGCGUCGCUCCACUGCCCACCAGCCAGAGCCCAAUUAUGUUUUUGUGACAGACAGAACAGCCAAUGAGCCCAUAGAAAGAGUGGUUUUUUCACCUCCCACAGAUGCUGCCGCCCAAUCAGAUCGGCAGACAGUUGUAAAUGGUGACAAUCCCAGUAGAGUAGAACAAGCAGCGGUGAGUUCAACAAAUUCCGAGCAGAAAUCCAGAGGUGAGAGGUCAAACAACACUACUGACUCCACACAAACAGCCUUGUAGAGAACAGAAACAAGCAACAAAAUGUCAGCUGUCUUCCCAUUCACCCUAUAAUAAUAGCAUCGAAGAACAUGUAUGAAUAGUAUAAAGACAAUGAAGCUAUAUUGACAGAGAGGCACUGAGUUUUAGUCUGGCACAGGGUGUAUAUUGUUGUUAAGCCAAAUGCAAAGCAGAAGGCUUACAGGGAGGCCCGAAGCUGGAGGGAGUCCAGCCUUGAAUUACUGCCAUUUUGGAACCUUAAUUAUUACCCAGAAUGCGUCUGUCAGGUGUCGCCUGACAGAUUUGCUUGUUAGAUUACUGUCAAAGUAAUACACAGCAGCACUUGGAGAUUUUCCUUCCCAAAUCCCAGUUUUCUCUCAACCUUGCCUAAAUUAUUACUAUUUUUAUAUUUUUUUACCUGGGAGGGGGGUAUUGUUCCUUGUAAAUUUUCAUGGCACAGUCAAAUAAGUAAUAUAACAACAUGUCUGAGAUGAAUGCCAGUCAAACAUUUGGUGAAUAUCACAGUCACCCUGAAACUGCUUCAUCUUGUAAAUCUUGUUGCCAAACACUGUAAUAUAUUCACUUUGUCUUGACAUUGUACAGGUUGUAUUCUGAUUAUUGCAGAAACAAUCAAGGAUAAAUGGUUUAAAAAAUGCAUGGUUGCACAAAGAUGUCAGAAUCCUGCUGAUGCAUGCAAUAAAGUGACUUUUCAUGCAAAUAAUAUGGAUUUUUAAUUUUAUUUUCAAAUCCACAUGCAUCAUAGUCAGCAUGAGUGUUCCUUAUAUACUCAUAAAUCUUAUAUAUUC